AUGACCAAGAAGGGCCAACUGCAGAACUGCAAUUUGAUGAAGCACCAUAAAAGCAAGGCGCACAAGGCAGCGGUGAAGGAAUGGUUGAAGGAAGGGGGCUGUGUUGGUCCUAGUCCCGAUGCAGCCCUGGCAUUGAGUCAGUUUCAAGAGCUGAUGGAGUGCUUUGGCGAGAAAAGAUCAUUGACGCAAAAAGAGCUGCAAAUGGCAUGGUGUUUGGCAGAGGGGUUAAAAGCUUUGGACCAAACGUUCAUUGCGAAAUCUUCUCACAUUUCUUUGAUGCGGGAUGAGCGGCAUGGGCGGUUGGCCAUACGAUUCAUGGCUGUGGCCCCAGACUUGACAACUCGAAGAGCCACCUGGGUAUUUCAACUCACCCAAGCUGCUGCGGCCGAGGCUUCAGCCACAGAAGCUUGGCUGCUUCGGCCAAAUCGCCUGGCUGUUUCGGCCAGCAAGGGUUUCGAGAAGACAGACUGCUGUUUCGGCUUGGAAUAUAACCUCACAGACUGGUUCGGUCUUGGAGCCAGUUUGCUACCACAGUCCUAUGAGCUCUGCGACGAGUCGACAAUGGAGACAAGUGAUGUGGCUGCCUCGGCCAUAGACGAGACGACGUGGCUGCAUCGGCCAUACCACGGUUGCAUCGGCCGUGUGGCUGCCUCGGCCAUAGACGAGACGACGUGGCUGCAUCGGCCAUACCACGGUUGCAUCGGCCGUGUGGCUGCCUCGGCCAUAGAAGUACAGGCUGCUUCAGACCAGCACAUGGCCAUCGGAAAGCAAGCUUGCUUCCACUAUGCGGAUCGAAAUUGUGAGAAGAAAAGGAGUUAA